CUCCCGGCACAUCAUGGGUGUGGAUCAUGGUGUGGAUGCAUAUCCCAGCUCAUAUGUUUCUGUUUGGUUUCAUUCAACACUUCGAAUAUGAGUUCUGACAGCAGAUUUGUGGAUUUGAGCAACAGCCUUGAGAGUGUUCCUGUUUUCAUCGAGCAGAGGUCCUCCGUACUGACAUUUCCUCAAUUUCAGUAUUCUCCAGAUAAUGUUCAGGGACCAGGAUGCACUCUUGACCCCAGUGAGGUCACCCUCCCCGGAUGUUCCUGCCUGUCCCACUCCUGCUCCUCUGAGAGCUGCUCCUGCCUGCAGACACACGGGCAGGCGUACGACAGCACACACACACUCCUGCACAGAACACACUCCGGUUUCUGCUCCCCUGUGUUCGAGUGUAACGCCCUCUGCUCCUGCGGCGAUGCCUGCUCCAACCGGGUGGUGCAGAGAGGCCUCACACUCAAAUUGGAGGUGUGCAGCACUGAAAAAAGGGGCUGGGGGGUGCGGACACUCAAAUCAAUCCCAAAGGGGACGUUUGUGUGCGAGUACGCAGGAGAGGUGAUCAGUUUUGAGGAGGCCAGACGCAGACAACUGGCCCAAAGGGCGGAGGACAAUAACUACAUCAUCGCAGUGAGGGAGCACGCAGGUGAAGGCUCUGUCACUGAGACGUUUGUGGACCCCGCCAGAGUGGGAAACGUGGGACGCUUUCUCAACCACUCCUGCCAGCCCAACCUGCUCAUGCAGCCGGUCCGAGUUCACUCUGUGGUUCCCCGGCUGGCGCUGUUUGCCGGGCGGAGCAUCGACGCACAGGAGGAGCUGACGUUUGAUUACUCUGGAGGAUACAGAAACAGAGCGCCUGCACAGAGGGAUGCUGAGACACAGAGAGAGACACAGAGAGAUGCUGGGACACAGAGUGAGACACAGAGAGAUGCUGGGACACAGAGUGAGACACAGAGAGAUGCUGGGACACAGAGUGAGACACAGAGAGAUGCUGGGACACAGAGUGAGACACAGAGAGAUGCUGGGACACAGAGUGAGACACAGAGAGAUGCUGGGACACAGAGAGAUGCUGGGACACAGAGUGAGACACGGAGAGAUGCUGGGACACAGAGUGAGACACGGAGAGAUGCUGGGACACAGAGUGAGACACGGAGAGAUGCUGGGACACAGAGAGAUGCUGGGACACAGAGUGAGACACAGAGAGAUGCUGGGACACAGAGAGAGACACAGAGAGAUGCUGGGUCACAGAGUGAGACACAGAAAGAUGCUGGGUCACAGAGUGAGACACAAAGAGAUGCUGGGACACAGAGUGAGACACAGAGAGAUGCUGGGACACAGAGUGAUAACCAUGGGGUCCAGAGGAAGGAGUGCCACUGUGGGGCCAAGAGCUGUGUGCAAUUCCUUCCAUUGGACUUAUCUAUUAUUAGUGGAAAACGCUGAAAUUAAAUGGCAUAUAUAUACAGUAUAUAUAUGUUUUUUUGUUAAGCCUUUAUUUUAAGACUGAUUUUCUUAAUGUUGGAGAAAGUGUUCAAGACGAGCCUGGUGGUCUGUUUGUAUUAUCCCUUGGCAAUAUGGCCAAAAUCUUCUAUCCAAUACAUGUUAUUUCAUACAGUAUCUUGAUAGUAAAUAUAUGAAUCAUGAUAGUAACUGGUAAUUCAAUAAAUGAAAAGUGUAUAUGAAAUAAUCAUGUGGUAAAAGUAAUUUAUUGUUGUGUGAAUUAAAUGUUUUUUUCUCAUUUAAUUUAGUGCAAAAUGAAAUGAGAACAAUGAUAUUUCCAGUUAAAUGUCUGGACUAUGUUAACAGUACAUUCAUUUAACCAAUGAUGGAACAUCUGAUUAAGGUGAAUAGUUUAAAUUCAUUUAGUUUGGUCAGAUUUUCUGAGAAUGUUUUAGACGAUGAAAGACUGUAUAUCUCAAUACAUGCUUUUUAAGGAUGAA